AGUCCAGUUGCCUUAUAAAUUUUUGCAAACUGGAUAACGGAAACUCCCAACAAUUUGAUGCCACCUAUCAAAAUCAGAACUAUCGAAAUGGAUAACCAGUCAGAAUUUCACUAACAAGGCCAAGAAAUUGAAAAGAAUCCGCAUUAUUAGGUUUCUAUUUCGAUCAACAAUCAAUCUCAAUUCUCAGGUAUGGAUCAACUGGACUCCGACCCGCUGUUUCAAUCCAUUCAAGCCCCAAAUAAUUUCCAACCCCAGCCUGAUUUGCGUUUGCCCUCCAGUCGAUCGCAGCCCGAUUGCAGGUUAGAGGCAGAAGUCAAGGACUGUAUUGCAGCAAGAAAAGUCCAAAAAGCCGACCGUGAAAAAUUGAGGAGAGAUCGUCUGAAUGAUCAAUUCACAGAGUUGGGGAAUGCCCUUGAUCCAGAUAGGCCUAAAAAUGACAAAGUAUCCAUUCUUACUGAUACAAUUCAAAUGCUGAAAGACUUGACUGCUCAGGUUGACAGACUAAAAGCUGAAUAUUCAACGCUUACUGAAGAAUCUCGCGAGUUGACUCAGGAGAAGAACGAUCUAAGAGAAGAAAAAACAUCUCUUAAGUCUGAUAUUGAGUGUCUUAAUGCCCAGUAUCAACAGAGAUUGCAGUCCAUGUACCCAUGGCUCGGGAUGGAUCAUUCCGUUGUCAUGCACCCACCUACUUAUCCUUUUCCAAUGCCAAUGCCCAUACCCACAGGACCAAUUCCCAUGCAUCCAUCUGUUCACCCGUACCCCUACUAUGGGAAUCAAAAUCCCACGACUUUUGUUCCAUACGUGACCCAUAAUAAUACCAUGAUGGAGCAGCAAUCAACACAUGUAUCUCAUGUUGCACAGCCAGGUAACAGGUCCCAUGUUUCAAGCAAACAAGAUUCAAGGAAUAAGUCAUCAGAUGGGGAGAGUAGUAUAGAAAAAAGUGAUGAUUCAAAUGAUGUUGCAACUGAUCUAGAGCUUAAGACACCUGGAUCUACGUCAGACCUAGAUUCCUCGUCGAAACAAAGAAAAUCAAGAAAAUUGCCUAGGAAGGAAAACAGCCACACUGAUGGAAGUUCUUCAAGUGGGUGUUUGUCUGCCCACAGUUUGCAGGCUACAUCAUCUACUAGCAUUGCUGGUGGUGCAAAGAGCGAUGUCUGACCCAAGAAAGAGAGGGAUAACCAGAACGAUGAAAAUUUUGUUCUGGGUAUUUCCUGGCGUUCAGAUGGGUGGGUGUGACAGAGAAGGUUAGAACACUUGGGUUUGUAUUUAUACUGAAAAAAUCACUUACCUGAUUCUUCAAGGUGGCAUAUUUCCAUUAAUUGAUUAUAGUAUAUUUUCUUAGCAUGUCUGACCCAUUGUAUCGUGCUCUUGGAGUCCAUACUUAUAUCUGUAGAUGGUCUAUGUGCCAGUUCUAAUUAAAUUGGUUCCUGCUCUACUGAUGCAGAAGAGUAUUAAUUACUACUGUAACAUGAAAAUCAAUGCUAUUUGCACCUAUUAUGGCUCACUCGGUGGAGUGUUUAUGUGUUUGGCGUGUUAAUGAGAAGAAUUGCUGUUAUUUGUUAUCAGAGUAUAUUGUGCAAUUGUCGGUUACUAUCACUUAAAUUGCUAUCAUUCUGUAAGAUGAUACCUCUUUGGAUUAUCCCUUUACACGUCAUCGUAUUUUUUUCAGUCUUGCAAGGUUUAGCCUUGAGCUAUAUAUUUUUGGUAAGCAAGCAGAUACUCUCGACUGUACAUGUAUGCUCCUGCUUUGUUUAUUCUUGUCAAACCUUAAUAGAAAGGAUCAUUUGUUUGGUCGGAGUCAUUGGACUAUCUCAGUUAUGUCUUGUGAAUGACAUGUUCCUUUUUAGUAACUGCAUAAUAAACAGGAUCUGCAAAUUGAGCUACUUCUUUCUUUUGCUAAGGAAUUUAUCCGUAGCAAAAGGAUCUCACAACUGACAUUAUGAGCUAUUUCUCUUUGAUGGUAUUUCGAUCCCUUCUUUUUUGUCCAUAAAAAUGUGAAGUUCCGCCUUAUGUGGCUUCAAUCUAUUGGAAUAAGCAUAUGUCAGGUAAUGGAAUAAUAAUGUAUUUUUUUACUUAAUGCUAGGAUCAUCCUAAGCUUGGGCAUGCUGAAAUUGUGUCAUGAUUUAUAAUUUAUUGCAAAAUUGCUUGAAUAUAUGUAAUAUACAGUAUCAACACCAAUGGCAGAGAGUGAUUUGUUCUCUUUUUUAGAUUUGGACUUAGUUUGGACUUUUCAAUUAAUAUGCAACAAUCCGUCACACGUGCUCGAUAUUAUCAGUUUUUGAGCCUUAUGAGGACCUGUCGCAGUUCAUGUUGUAAAGGCCACGAUAGUAGUUUGUCCAAUCUUACAUGUAUACAUGUUUGGUUUUGCUUAAAAGUAAGUCAAACUCAAUUCUAAGUUAGUUUUUUCUGUGGACUUUCGUCGAUGGUAGAAUGCGUUUAUUUAACAUGCCUCAGAUUUCUCAAUAGAGGAUACAAAUAGGUAUCAACAUCUGGAGUAGGAUGUAAUCCAACAAUAAAGGUAGCAAAGGAAAUCCUACACUCAAGGCACAUAUGCCUUGUACCACAGCUAACUUAGUAAUCAAGUUACCUUACCUCUGUCCUCUAUAUAAACCAUAUAUGAAAAACAAGAGAAGCCGAAAGGAAAUGGAUCAGGUUAAUAUGAUGCGAAGUCCAGAAUGGAAACAAGGGUGGACGACCCAGACUCUAGGCUCGAUCUCUGCCCCACCCCGCCCGUUGCUGGUCAUAUUCACCAUUGUCAUGUUCUUCUUGUCUCUGUCUCAAUAUAAAAGCUACAAGGAGCAUACGUACAGUGCUGCUAUCAGUUUCGAUUUAUUCCUGUACUUGGUGCCAGUUUUUCUGAUCUUCUUCAUGCGGUCGAGCCUCUCAAGUUCAAUAUCCAACUUCUGGUCUUCACAACCUAGAAAUGUAAGGCACAACUGGGCUCGUGGAAUGGCAGGAUUCCCCUGGGGUGUGGCCCUUUUGGUGGUGGUGCUGCUAGUGCUGGUGUAGUACCAGUCCUCGUUUCACUCCCAGUGGUUCCCUCUGUCAUGAUCAGAUUGAGUAAAAAACAGUUAAACUGUCCGGUCGAGUGUAAUAUAGUGAAAUUUUUGUCACCAUGUUGAGUAUCGACCUUUAGCGUUAGAAUGAGACAAUCUUAUAUCAGAAUGACUAUUAGCAUCAGUUUACUAAGAACAAGAAUUUCGAAAUGUAUUAACCCUCUAUGGCU